UCUGGAACAGGCGAGAGAGAGCGUGUCAGGAAGAGACUGGGCACCUCAUGAGCUCUCUGCUGAGUGCGAAUUUAUAAUCUAAUGAACAGAGAGAGACCCAGCUAACACCCCACUCCUUCCGGCUCAAGGCCAUAGCUCCAGGGCAGAGUGAAAGCACUUAACCUGGAGUUUGUAUCUAAAGAAGAAGAGCACAAUUCUGAAGUCCAUUUCCUGCUUGUUGCAGAGUUGGGGAUCUCUCUUGCAACCCUGGAUCAUGGCCUGGCUGCUUCCCAGGGCUUGCUGCCUAAAAGUCUUCUGUCAGUCCUCUAGAGGACCCUUUUCUUCUGGAAUAGCUAGAGCUUGGAGCGGUGGGCCCCUGACUGCAUAUAUGCCGGAAGCUGUAGCGUUCGCUGGAUCAAGGGACCACCCAGGACUGUACAAGGUGUCAGUGGAGCAGGUAGAUGAAUUCUGGGGAGCUCUAGGGAGAAGCCGACUCAUGUGGAUUAAUCCUUUUCACUCUGUCAAAGACUGUAAUCUACAGCAGGGCUGGGUGUCCUGGUUCCUGGGAGGACAACUGAAUGUAGCAGUGAAUUGUCUGGAUCGACAUGUCCACACAGCGCCAAACAAAGUGGCCCUGAUCUGGGAGAAAGAUGAGCCUGGGAAAGAAGUCCGGGUUACAUACAGAGAACUGCUUGAGUUGACCUGCCGUCUGGGAAACACCUUGAAACGACAGGGAGUGAAAAGAGGUGACCGAGUCAUCAUCUACAUGCCCCCAUGCCCUCUGGCUGUGGCAAGCAUGUUAGCCUGUGCCCGGAUAGGAGCCGUACACACUGUGGUAUUUGCCGGAUUCAGCUCCGAGGCUCUAGCUGACAGGAUCCGGGAUGCGCAGUCAGAGACAGUGAUCACUGUGAACCAGGCGCUGAGGGGGGGCAAGGUUAUUGAGCUGAAGCAGACAGUGGACCAGGCCAUGCGUGCGUGCCCGCUGGUGAAGCGAGUUCUGGUUUCCAUGAGGACUGAGCAGAAGGUUCCCAUGUCAGAACUGGAUGUGCCGUUGGAGGAGGAAAUGAUGAAAGAAGAUGUAUGCUGUGAGCCUGCUGUCAUGGAGAGUGAAGACUUGCUGUUCCUUCUCUACACAUCAGGCAGUACUGGCAAACCCAAGGGGCUGGUCCACUCCCAGGCAGGAUACUUGCUCUAUACUGCCAUCACACACAAGUAUGUGUUUGAUUACCACGAUGGGGACAUCUUUGGAUGCAUGGCAGACAUCGGUUGGAUCACAGGGCACAGUUAUGUGGUGUAUGGCCCUCUGUGCAACGGAGGUACCACUGUCCUUUUUGAGAGCACUCCAGUGUACCCCAAUCCUGGGCGUUACUGGGAAACAGUGGAGAGGUUACGAAUUAAUCAGUUCUAUGGAGCACCCACAGCAAUUCGCUUGCUGCUGAGAUAUGGGGACGAGUGGGUAAAGAAAUACGACAGAUCUUCCCUCAAGACCCUUGGAUCAGUGGGAGAACCCAUCAACACAGAAGCAUGGGAGUGGUACUUCAACGUGGUUGGCGAUGCACGGUGCCCAGUAGUUGACACAUGGUGGCAAACUGAAACAGGAGGCAUCUGUAUCUCUCCCCGUCCAUCCAGCCCCGGAGAUGAGAUUCUUCCAGGCAUGGCCAUGAGACCAUUCUUUGGGAUCAGCCCUGCCCUCCUGGAUGAAAAGGGAAACAUCCUAACACAGAACAAUGUCUCUGGAGCCCUCUGCAUCUCUCAGGCCUGGCCAGGAAUGGCACGGACCAUUUACAAUGACCACAAGAGAUUUCUGGAAACCUACUUGAUGCCUUACCCAGGAUUUUUCUUCACGGGAGAUGGAGCUUAUCGUACCAGCCAAGGAUAUUACCAGCUGACAGGACGUCUGGAUGAUGUCAUCAAUGUUAGCGGGCACAGGCUAGGCACUGCAGAGCUGGAAGAUACUGUGAAUCAGCACAGAGCGGUGGCAGAGUCAGCCGUGAUCGGAUUCCCUCACGAGAUCAAAGGAGAAGGAGCAUAUGUGUUCAUUGUGCUGAAGAAGGGGACUGAUGUCUCUCAGGAGAGGCUGAGCAAUGAACUUAAGGAGCUAGUCUCAAAGAAGAUUGCAAAAUAUGCAAGCCCUGAAUAUGUUCAGGUCACAAAGCGGCUACCCAAGACCCGUUCAGGUAAGAUUAUGCGCCGUGUCCUGAAGAAGAUUGUAGAGGACAAAACAGAUGAGCUUGGGGACCUGACCACCUUAGAUGACCACGAGGCCGUGGAGGAGAUCAUUGAGGGGCACAAGCGCCUCCUGCAGGAGGAGCAGGGCCAGUAACCUGAGUGCAGUCAGACUCUCUGCUCCCCUUUUCUUCACCCCCCACCCCCAUCUAAUUUGGGACCUAGCCUAGAAAAAGCCAAUCAACAGGCACCAGUAAUUCAGUUGAGAUCAGACCUUUAUUUUUCACACCAGCACUGAAGACCUUGGACCUCCAAAGCAGACCGCUCCUCUGAGAAGUGACCGUGUCUGGGGGCAGUAAGAGUGAGGGUGAAGCAGGCAGAGGGGGUGAGGAAGCGGAAGGUAAAAGGCCCUAGUGAAAAGCCACCAUACCCCCCUCCUCACAUCUGGAUAAUGAGGAAGGAGGCAGAGAGUGGAGGUUGGCUAAUCCCAAAUUGGAGGCCUCUCUUCAGGAUGGCUCCCAGCUCCAGCAUGUCCAUGUAGAACACUAGGCGCCCACAUUUUUCCUGCAGCUGCUCCAAACCCACUGCCACAGCACUGUGUCUGUGUGGGGGAGCAGUGUCCAUGCAGGACAGGGUCAGCUUUAGGGAAAAUGGCACCCUGGCUGAAUCUGUAUUUUGGCACCCUUUGAGUUUGAGAACAGUAGCAUGGGGCGCAGGGAUCAGGUGCCUGCCAGGCUGCAUAGGGAGAAGUUUGAGCCCAGGGUCUCCCUUCACCAUACACCCCGAUCACCUAGCAGGAGGAGAGUGGUGCACAGCUACUGCCUGUGCCCACAGGAAGGUGGGGACCCAGGGGCUGCCCACUGGCUCUGCAGGGGUGAGCCCUGCUGCCUGCACCUCCCAGAAAGGCUGUCAGCUCGGGGCAGCACUGCCCACACCCGCCCGGCUGGCCAGUGGCUCCAGCCCAGCUUCCACUCACCUGUGCUCUGGUAGCCCAGACCCACUAGCUUGUGGCACUCAGACGUCGCGGCCUCCCCUACCCCAAUACCCUAGGCAGUUGCCCACUUAGCCCACCUGUAAGGCCAGCCCUAGUGCAGGAUGACAGGAGGAGGCAGCUGCUGUCUGGCACCAGCUCAGGCUGCUUGAUGAAUGCUGCCACACAUACCCCAUGCUAACAGGCCCUGGAUUUUAAUGCAAAAUGCUUCUAGUGAGGUUCAGCCUGGGUAAAAUGACAAACUCCAUGGACUAAUCUACCAUGUGCUGAGCAAGGCCCUGAACUGAAUGAAGAGACAUGGGCCCUGUCCAUCCCAGCAGAUCCCAGCCUCACGUUCAGAUGAUAGUGAUCCCUGUGGAGACCAUGGUCCUUUCUGAGCUAGCAUCACACUGCAGUCAAGUGCAGGCACCACUGGCCCUGCCUUUGCACAGCACCAGAUGAUGCCUUCUCCUGGCACCCAGGAGUUCCCCCCCUCCAUCCAAAGUUAUCCCCCCCUCUCAAAAGAAGCAAGAAAAUGGGGCUCCUUCUGCUCCCCCCAUCACGAUAGGCAGGAAGAGGGGAUCAGAUGCCAGGGGAAUGGUUUGGGGAGAAGCCCCCUCUGGGGGGAUGGAAACCUCCACUCUCAGCAGCACCCAACAACAAACAGUUUGGACAACAGGCAGAAAGGAAAGAGCCCUGGUUCCUUCAGUAAAAUCCAGAAACCAUCACACUCCUCCCUGAAUACUGAUUGGCUCCUGGUGGCUCUGCAGUUCCACAUCUACUAAUCAGGUGUUUCUGCAGCUCCUGGGUAAUAAACCAGUCUCAAGCCUC